AUGGACACAGAAAACAGCACAGUGGUGACAGAAUUCAUCCUUCUUGGUUUGACCCAAUCUCAAGAUACUCAAAUCCUGCUCUUUGUGCUAGUCUCAAUGUUCUACCUCAUAAUCCUCCCUGGCAAUGUUCUUAUCAUUCUUACUAUAAGAUCAGAUCCUGGACUUAAUGCUCCCCUCUAUUUCUUCUUGGGAAACUUGGCCUUCCUGGAUGUCUCCUACUCCUUCAUUGUGUCUCCCAGGAUGCUGGUGGACUUCUUCUCUGAGAAGAAAGUAAUUUCUUACAAUUACUGCAUCACCCAGCUGUUUUUCUUGCACUUCCUUGGUGUAGGGGAGAUGUUCCUUCUUGUUAUCAUGGCCUUUGACCGCUAUAUUGCCAUAUGUCGGCCUCUACACUAUGCAACAGUCAUGAGCCCCAGGGUCUGCUAUGCAUUGCUGUUGGCUCUGUGGCUUGGGGCCUUUGCCCACUCCAUUGUGCAAGUGGCCCUUAUUCUGCACUUGCCCUUCUGUGGCCCAAACCAGCUGGACAACUUCUUCUGUGAUGUGCCACAGGUCAUCAAGCUGGCCUGCACUGACACCUUUGUGGUGGAGCUCCUGAUGGUCUCAAACAAUGGCCUGCUCACCCUGCUGUGCUUCCUGGGCCUUCUGGCCUCCUAUGCUGUCAUCCUCUGCAGAGUAAAGGGACACUCCUCAGAAGGGAAGAGCAAGGCUAUCUCGACUUGCACGACCCACAUUAUCAUUGUGUUCCUCAUGUUCGGACCUGCCAUUUUUAUCUACACCCGCCCCUUCCAGGUUUUCCCAGUUGACAAAGUGGUUGCUCUCUUUCAUACAGUCAUCUUUCCUUUGCUGAACCCUGUAAUUUAUACACUUCGCAACCAGGAAGUUAAAACUUCCAUGAUAAAGCUGUUAAGACAGCAUAGGGUGUUCUAA